AUGCAAGAUAAAGAUUCAAGCUUUGACAUUAUUGAGUUACAAAAUAUAUAGGCUGAUGCCUUCAAGGAUGCUUAAUGUUCUAACAAUUAAAGCUAUUAAGAUAAAUUAAAAUCAAAUAGUGCAUCAAAAAAGCAUUAUUAAUAUCUUAGCUAAACUAGCUAUACAGAAGAAAAAAACAAUCUUAACCCGCGUAAUGCAGUCCACUUUUAAGAAUUUAAAAAAGAAAUCAAACAGAUGAGUUAUUCAGAGAGAAUAAAAGCCUUCUUCUCAAAUGCGACAUAUAAUAUGAAAACAUUUUCAAAAUCUAGUUGGAAAGCUGUAAAAAUUAAUUCUAAGCAUCCAUAUGCAAGAUUAUUUGAGAAAGAUUUUUAUUAUGAUGAUAGAAAUCCUGAAUAAGAAAAUAAUAAUUUCUUGAAAUAUCAUGAAAGAGUAAUUUGGUUUUCAUAUAGAAAUAAUUUUCCAUUAAUCAGAGAUGUUGCUGAUGAUAAUUAAUCAGUCUCUAAUGAUUAUGGUUGGGGUUGCAUGAUACGAUGCAGUUAAAUGCUUUUAGCUGAAGCAUUAAAAAGACAUUACUUAAAUGAUUAAAAUAUAUAAAUCGAAUAACUUUCUUAAGAUGAUGAGAAACACUUUUACUCAAACAUUAUAAAAUUGUUUUUAGAUUGCACAAGCGAAUCGGAUGUACUAAAUUAACCUGGUAGUUAUUAAGAUAUUUAAAGUAAAAUGCUGUUAAAUGAAUAGAAUUUAAAUAAUAUUUAUUCUUUGUUUGGAAUUCAAAAUAUUUGUCAGAGUGCUAUUCUCAGACAGUAUUAAUAAAAUGUUAAAAACUGGUAUACUUCUAUAUAAGUCAGUGUAAUUCUGCAAGAAAUCUUAGAAGAAUCUUAAUCUAAAUUAAACUCAAAACUUGGUUUUCAUAUUUUAAAUUUUACAGAUUAAAUCAUUUUCUUAAAGGAGUUAGAAGAAGCAUCUAGAAAAUAAAAUGACAGACUCAAUAAUAUCCUUGUUAUGGUCCAUUUAAAGUUCGGUAUAAACAAAUUUGAAAUGCAGCAUAAAGACUAUUUCAUAGAGUUACUCAAAAUAAAAAAUUUUGUUGGAGCUCUUUCAGGUACUGAAACUAAGGGAAUGUAUAUAAUAGGCUUUCAAGAAGACAGAUUAAUUGUUUUAGACCCUCACUUUAUUUAAAAAUCAACAGAAGGAGAAUAAGGGCUUGAUAAAGAUUAUUGCACUUAUUUCAAUAAAACACCAAGAUCCAUUUCGUUAGAAUGUUUAUCUAGUGAUAUAUCGCUUGGAUAUUUUAUCUAAGUUAAUGAAGAACAAUCAAUAAAUUAGUUCAUAGAUCAAAUUCUAACACUGAAUGAAAAACACAAAGAACCUCUUUUGAGUAUAUUGAACGAUAGAAUAGAAACAGAUGAAAUGGAGAUUGAAGAACAUCAAAUUAAUAAGGAGGUAAAAGAUUAGGAGAAUUAAGAUUCAGUUAAUAAUAUCUCCUAAAACGAGGAGGGAGAGGAAUAAAAAUAGUCAUCAGAACAUAAUUAAAAUAUAGAUUAAAUAAAUGACAUAUAUAAAAAGGAGAUAAAAGAGGAUAAAAAUAGAAGAGUAAUUAACAAAAAUAUUGACAAGUAAAGUAUAAUAUCAAAUGAAAGCAAUUUCAGCCAUUUAAAUAGUAAUAAUAACAAUAAUCAUAGUAAUAUUAACAGUAGUAACAUUAAUUAUCGAAUUUAAGAUUUUUAUAUAUCUAAUGGAUCAGCUAUUAGCGAAAGCAGUAAUUCGAAUUUAGAUAAAAAUUAAAGUUAUAAUGAAUAAGAAUAAAUGUCGUUAGCCAUUCCGUGUAUAAAAAAAUUAAAUAUGUCUAGUUAAUUAGACAAUUUGAAAAUUUAAAAUAAAGAUUACUCAGAUAGUAAUAAGACAAUUUAAAAAAAUGUAGUGUACAAUGAUUUUGAAGUCAUUUCCUGA